AUGAUCAAAAUUGAAACAACCAAUUAUCCCAGUACAUUUGCGUUGAAAAAGAGAUCAAAUUACCUGGAAUUCCUUGAUCUAUUCAUUUGUUCAGAGUUUUGUUCAAAGGGUAAUCGUAAAAAUGUGUUUCGUCGCAUUUGGUACUCAUCGACUAGAUCCAUUUGGAUACUGGCGUGUUGGUUGGCUCUCUGGGUAUUUGAAGUGAAAGGCAUUGGAUUCAAGUCUAAGAGUGGAUAUCAACAAUCGGACGCAGAAAAUAUUAGAAUUUUACAAAACAAAUAUCUUUACAAAGGAUAA